CGUCAACUUUAAAGCUCCACACAUUCCUUCUUAAAGUUAUAUCUUCCUAUCAUUCACCAUCAAUCAUGUCAAUACAAAGGAGGCAUAGCAUCUUUCGUCCUUGCAUUGACCUUCAUCAAGGUGUAGUAAAGCAAAUCGUUGGAGGCUCUUUACGUGACGAAGAUCAAAAGGAACAACAAGAAAGAGCAUUAAAUGCAUCUGGAAUCAAUCCCGCUUCUUCCUCUUCACUAAAGACAAACUUUACCUCUACCCUUCGUGCAGGUCAUUAUGCUUCUUUGUAUCGUGAACACAAUCUAACGGGAGCACAUGUGAUCAAGCUGGGACCAGGUAAUGACGAAGCAGCAACUGAGGCAGUACAAGCAUGGCCCAACGGACUGCAAGUUGGCGGUGGAAUCACAUCCGAUAAUGCCAAAGUAUGGAUCGAUAAAGGAGCAGAAAAAGUGAUUGUGACAUCAUAUCUAUUUCCCGAUUGCAAAUUCUCUAUGGAAAGAUUGCAAGCGCUGGAAAAUCUAGUAGGAAAGCAUAGAUUGGUAGUAGACGUAAGUUGUAGGAGAAGAGACGGGAAAUGGAUUGUUGCAAUGAAUAGAUGGCAAGAUAUGACAGAUAUGGAAGUCAAUAAACAAUCUUUAGAUCUUCUUGCAGAUCAUUGCAGUGAAUUCUUGAUUCAUGCUGCUGAUGUUGAAGGUCUUUGUCAAGGAAUAGACGAACAGCUGGUGGAAAAGUUGGGAGAAUGGAUUACAAUUCCAACGACCUAUGCAGGUGGAGCAAGGAAUAUUCAGGAUUUACAUCUUGUCGACCGUCUCUCAAACGGAAAGGUAGAUUUAACAUUCGGUAGUGCUCUUGACAUUUUCGGUGGAAAAGGAGUUACGAUGCAAGAACUCAUCGAUUGGAAUGAUAAACACAACAGCUCAUAAGUCUUUCAGUUUUCAAAUUCACACUUGUACACUAUUUCCCUAAAAAUGAUGCAAUUUAGAU